CAGGAGUUUUACAGCAAACUCUUGCAGGGACCCUACUGCAAUCAACUGUGGUACCUACAUUGCAGCCUGUAGGAGCUGCAAUGCCUACCAGCAGUACAGGGCUAAUUGGUGAAAAUGGAUUGAUCGGCUUGUCGGCAAAUUCUAAUGUACCCGGCAAUGUACGCAAUCCGGCAUGAAUCUACCGCAGCCCGAUGUAGUUCACAAUUUGGGAUAAAUACGUAUCAGCAGAGCCCCAAUAACACGUUACAGCAGAAUGGUGGCUCUGUUACUUCAUUGCCACGUCAGAAUAACGCAAUUCAGCAGCAGCAAGAGCAGCCAGCGGUUACAAGCUCAACACGCCCAGCAACAGCGCCUAGUUCAGCAGCAGGACAUGCAGCAACGGCAGCUACAGCAGCAGCAGCAACGUCAGCUAAAUCACCAGAAUAACCAGGCUGUUCAGCUGCAGGGGUUUGGCGUCCUGUUGACGGGGACGCCGUCACAAACAAUUCGGAUACCAUCUCCCUCGACAGUUUCGGCCACUCCUGCAACUCAGGAUGAGGCAGACCAUCAGGGUCCCACGCCUGCCACAAACAGCACAAUACCAUGCACCAUGCAGGCUUUGCAAACAGCUAUUCGUAGUACAGGACCAAUAAAUACCCCUGGUAUGUCAGUGUCACCGCUUAUGGAAAACACGUUGUCCCCAAGUCCUGGCCAGUUACUGACGGUACACGAUGCUGUUCAAACCUUUUCUCCUGGGUUGCCACUCAUAGAUGGGACUAUCUCAACUGAACAUUCGCUUGAGCAAUUGAAGAAAAAGGUUGAUUCCAUGCCAAAGGAAAUUCUCAAGGAAGCUGUGAAUGCGUUGAAUGAUGUGGUCAGUUGUGGAGAUAAAUUGGAAGGCUCUGCCCCAGGUACUGGUUCUCGCGCUGCAAUCGGGGAAGAUUUAUCAGCCAAGACAAGGUCAACGAUCCAGGCCCGAGCAAUCUCACAUGAUACUAGAAAUGCCGCAACGAAGAGACGACGUGUAGAUUCAAUUGCUGUAAACAUGAUAUCUGCAGAUGGAACAAUUUCCAACGCUCUGCACAGGCAUCGUUACAACACACAUGUUGGGAAUCACAUGGUUUCACAUAUCAACAGCCCUCUUCUAAAGAUCACAGAAAGCUUGGAGGAGGAAAUAAGGUACAUCAAUAGUCGCUCAAUUGAUACUGUUGUUGAAGUUAGCACCGAGGCUACAGAGGAGAAUGCAUCACAGGGCUGGAAUGGCAUUGUGCUUUCUUGCUGUUACAAGGGCAACGCAUUGAGUCCCAAUGUGUCUUAUCUUCAAGCUAAAGAAUAUGCUCUGUUAUCGAGGACAUCUCUCUAUUUGACAGUACUACCUACUUACCCUGCAUGUUCGCCACAUGUUUGGUUUGACAAUUCAAAUCCUCAAGCAAUUCACUAUUGUUUCAGGGGUGCACAGGAGGAAUUUAUGAGGAGUCUUCUUCGCAUGGCCUCGCCCUUGCCUCUUGCUACCAUUGCAACCAGCUGGGAUGAAUGUGCUCGAAAAUCUUUGAGUAUGCUUAUCAGCAAGGGGGUGGCAACUUCACCACUGCGUAUGGAGCGUGGGAGACAGCCCAUCAGAUCGCAUGUAAACCGGUUUCUUAAAUGCGUAUCGUUCCUCCCCAGUAAUCGAGAUACUGUAGUGCUGCAAGUGUGCUGGCUGUAAAAGUUUUUGGGAACGUUUGGUAUAUUAGUGUACAAUUUUGGGAACGGUUUUCGCCAAUCCUACUGGUCAAAGUACGGGGAGUCAUAGUCUCUGGUAAUUCAUUACAGGCUAGUCUCUGAAUAAGUUUAAUCUAGUAUUGUGUUUUUUUAGAAUUAGGUGCGGCAUCCUGAAUUAUAUGUCGAUGGUGAAUAUCAAGGGACUUCGCUGGGAAUUGACAGUAGUAAUCCUCUACGAGAUAGCAAGUUAAUGUACAAAAAGAUACUGUACAUAAGAUACUUCAUUUUUUGAUCCCAAGAAGCUACAUCUAGUUAAGUUCACUACGCCACUCAAGUGUCUCCGGUAGGAAUGUCUGCUAGUGUGAAUUUACCAGUAAGUUAGAGCUGCUGAAGUGGCAACUUUGUCGAAAUUACUUUGCAAUAAAUAUGUACUAUUUACCACAGUGCACCAGUUUGUUGCACAUUGAGAAAAGUA